AUGGUAGUUGAUUCAGGUUGGAAUGAUGAUGACGGUGCCGUGGUCAUGCCUUCUGGCUUCGACGAUGGCUUUGGAACUGCCACCAACGGCGACGGAAUGAACGGUGAUGGCGAAUGCAAGAUGGGGGCUUGCUUCAACUGUGGAGAAGAAGGUCACACCAAGGCUGCUUGCCCCAAUCCUCGCAAGUUCAAGGGGGAAUGUCGCAACUGCGGUCAAGAGGGCCACAUGGUUGCCGACUGCCCUACUCGUGUCAUCAAAUGCAAGAAUUGUCAACAGGAGGGCCAUGAAGCCUUGGAUUGCACCAACCCCAAAUUCGUCGACAAUACCCGUGUUGCUGAUAAGUCCGAGGACGAGGCUUGGGAGCUGCUCAAGCAAGCCAGUGAUGAACGCGAUAUUGGUGACUUCAAGGAGGCACUCCAAAUCCUGUCCAAGGCCGCCCCAGAGUACACCUACCCCAUGCUCGAGAAAGAGUUCCGCAAGCGCGGCUUCAGUAUCUACCUGAUUGCCAUGGAGAAGGAUCAUGGUGACACCUGGACGAACGUCAACUUGCAAGGAGAUACCGGCAAGAAGUACGCAAUCAGUUAUUUCACUUCCGACAAGCCACAACGCCCUACCCUCGUCGAUAAAUGGCCUGCGUCUCCAGAAGAAAACCUCACUCGCCUCGCUGAUGCAGGGAUUCCUCUCGACCGUGGAGUGGACAAGUGCAGCAACUGCGGGAAAAUCGGUCAUACCACCAAACGUUGCCCUGAUGAGAGAGUUGCAAGCGUUCAGCCCACUGUUACCUGCUACUUGUGCGGUGAGGAGGGUCAUCGUGUUCGUGACUGUACCCAGGAGCGCAAGCGUGGUGGUCGUGCCUGCAAGAUCUGCGAAUCCGAGGAGCACUUGGCCAAGGACUGCCCAGAUAGGGAGAAGCGAGCCUGUCGUAACUGUGGUGAAGAGGACCACAUGGCCAAGGAUUGCCCUACUCGCGAGAAGCGAGCUUGCCGCAACUGUGGAGAGGAGGAUCACAUGGCGAGGGAUUGUCCGACUCGUGAGAAGAGAACUUGCCGCAACUGCGGUGACGAAGAUCAUCUGGCUCGAGACUGUCCUCAGCCCCGAAAGAUGACCUGCAACAACUGCAACGAGGAAGGUCACAUGGCUCGCGAAUGUCCCAAGCAAGGUGAAGGUGGUACACGUCCUCCGCGCGACUGGGCUAAGGUUAUUUGCAGCACCUGCAAUGAGAAAGGUCAUGGACGUGCACGCUGUCCUAAGGGUCAAUCAGGACAAGUCGCUGGACAGUCUGAUUCUGGGAAAGCCAACGGUGCUCACGACGUUGGUGCUGGCUGGGACACUGCCCCGAAUCCUGGUUCUGCGCCUGCUGACUGGGAAACCCCUGGGACCGGCGAGUUCGCUGCUGCUGGUGGAUCUGCCUGGUAA